AUGGCACUACGACGAAUGAACUCAUAUGUACAAGUUUCGGAAGAAGAGUUAGGUAAAGGAUCACACCGAUACUUGCACCUUGGGCGCGAGGCCUCUGUACAACUUCCCUUUGACUUUGGAUUUUCAUCGGACAAUGAAGACGAUGGUCCCCCCAGGGACAUUCUGCUAGAACACGAUGAAGAUGGAGAAGAGACAGAGGGAGGAAGCAAAGAAUGUCAUUUUGUGACCUACUCGCCAACAAAGCCCACUCUGAGUCUCCUCACCACACUCCCCGAAGCCACUCGCAACCAACUCUCAGUCUGGGAAAACGGAGAAGGAUACUGGGCAGAACAAGAGUCCCGCGUCACUUCAGCUGUCACUUCCAGUCCUUCUGACACACCCACUUCUGCUCUUGACAAGAUGCUAGGGUGGCAAGACUCUGUCUCCACGCCGACGCUUACACCGUCACACAAUUCUGGACAGUCUCUUUGGGGCGUGGGGAAAGCAGAACUGCAGGUCUUGCAAGAGGGAGAGGAGACGUUGCUUUGGGAUAAACGCAAGAGCAAAAUGAUGGAAACGCCAAAGAGUGUGGUGGUUUGA